UCACCAAUUAAAAUUUCAAAAGACAUCUAAACAACCAAUAUACAACCGCCCGUUCUUUGAACGGGCUCAAAAGCUAGUCAAAUUCCAAACCCAUACCACUUUGAUAUCGAUACUGAUUCCAACCCCAUACCAGUUUGCGAACCAAACGUCUCCUAAAAGUACUCUGUAUAAGGCUAUGGAGUAUCUAACUCACUCCCGAUCUAGUUGACCCGUUUGACAAGUCUACAUUCCGAUUCUCUGAAUAGAAGAAGUGGACAAUUUUGUACAUGUCUGGGCCUUAUUUUGGUAACUAGAAAAUCCCUGUUAACAGUUACUCCGUCCAAAACGGCAAAAGUACAAAGUUUUACAGAAACGGCAACUUUAGCAGAUGAAUGAAGACUUUAAAAUCAGUGGUCAAAUCCUGUGUAUACGAGGUUUCUUCAACCCAUUGUCGUGCAUUGAAGCAGGGAACCAUAAAUAGUAUAUACACUGCAAACAACAUUGUUACCGGGUAUACGAAAUGCGGUCAUUUGAGGAAUGCACGCAUAAUGUUCGACCAAAUGUCCAACAGAGACACUGUUUCAUGGAACGCCAUCAUUGCUGGCUAUGUAAAUUCUGGGUCUUUUUUCCAUUCUUGGGAUCUCCUCACUGACAUGAGACGGCGUGGAUUUGUCGUCGAUGAGUUUACAUUUGGUAGUCUUCUUAAAGGCAGUGCUUCCAAGGGUGAGUUUGUUUGUGGGAAGCAAUUGCAUUCCAUGGUUAUUAAGAUGGGGUGUCAAUCUGAUGUUUAUACUGCUAGUUCACUUUUAGAUAUGUAUUCCAAAUGUGGGAGGAUCGCGGAUGCGUAUAUGCUGUUUAAAUUUAUGCCGGAGCGCAGUUCUGUAUCUUGGAAUGCUAUGAUUGCAGGGGUUGUGGAACAAGCUGAUUUUGAUACUGCUUUUGAGCUUUUGGGAGGUAUGCAACAAGAGGGCGUGAGGAUUCAAGAUGGGGCAGUUGCUCCUUUAUUGACACUACUUAAUGACCCUGAAUAUUUCAGGCUUACUAUUCAGCUUCAUUCACAGAUCAUCAAGCUUGGGUUGAGUUCUAAUAACAUUGUAUGCAAUUCUCUCCUUACGUCGUAUUCUGAGUGUAGAUCUUUGGAAUAUGCGGAGAAGGUUUUUACUGGUGCGUUUGAUGUCCAUGAUUUGGUAACAUGGAAUUCCAUGUUGGGGGCGUACCUUCUACAUAACAAGGACUGGCUUGGGUUUAAAGUCUUCAUUGAUAUGCAAGAGUGUGGUUUUGAACCUGAUAUCUAUACAUAUACUAGUGUCAUCAGAGCCUGUUUUAAAGAGGAAUAUCAGAUUCAUGGGAAAUGUUUGCAUUGCUUGAUAAUAAAGCGGGGGCUAGAGAGCUCUACAGCAAUAGCCAAUGCAUUGAUAACUAUGUAUCUGAAGUCAACUGCGAAAGAAAUGGCAGAUGCACAAAGACUGUUUGAAUUAAUAGACCCUAAAGAUCCUGUCUCUUGGAAUUCUGUUUUAACUGGGUUCUCACAGUAUAGCUUGAAUGAAGAAGCCAUUAAUUUCUUUGGGAAAAUGCGGUCUCAUGAUGUUGGGAUCGAUCACUAUUCCUUUUCUGCAGUCCUAAGAUCUUGUGCAGACUUAGCAGCCUUGCAAUUGGGUCGACAAGUUCACGUGUUGGCUCUUAAAUCUGGAUUAGAAUCAAAUGAGUAUGUAGCUGGCUCUUUGAUAUUCAUGUAUUCUAAAUGUGGCUUACUUAAUGAUGCUAGAAGUUCUUUUGAAGAUACUCCAAAAGACAGCUCAAUUACCUGGAACUUUAUCAUGUUUGGGUAUGCUCAGCAUGGAAAAGGUGAAAUCACCCUUGAGCUUUUCCAUCAGAUGACAGAAAGUAAGGUAAAGCUUGACCAUGUGACCUUCGUUGCUGUCCUCACUGCUUGUAGUCACAUGGGUUGGGUGGAAGAAGGUCGAUAUAUUCUUAAAACGAUGGAAUCAAAGUACGGGGUUCCACUAAGAAUGGAGCAUUAUUCUUGUGCGAUUGAUUUAUUUGGGAGAGCUGGGCUCUUAGAUGAGGUGAAAAGCUUGGUGAAAUCAAUGCCAUUCGAGCCUGAUGUGACAGUGUUGAAAACUCUUUUGGGUGCAUGUAGAAACUGCGGGGAUCUUGAAUAUGCAUUUCAGGUGGCGAGUCAUCUGAUUGAAAUAGUCCCUCAAGAGCAUUGUAGCUAUGUUAUCUUGUCUGAUAUGUACGGGCGUCUUAAUAGGUGGGAUGAGAAAGCUAACCUGACAAGGUUGAUGAGAGAAAGGGGUGUGAAGAAGGUCCCAGGCACAAGCUGGAUAGAGAUAAACAACGAAUCCCAUGCAUUUAAUGCCGAGGACAAUUCUCACCCCAAUACCAUAGAGAUAUAUGAUACCUUGGAAGGACUUACGCAGGACAUCAGAAUGCUAAAAGAUGCCUCUAAGUUAGAGGAUUCUGCUGAGGAAGUGGCUCUCCUUGACGAAUAUUGUGGUUGAUUGCUGAUAAGAGUGAUAACCACUGACAAUUUCUUGGGGGGUAUUUCGUCAAUUUUAAUAUUGUAAUAGAGAUGUAAUAAAUUCAGGCAGACAAGCAUGAAGUUGAAGUUUUUAUCUUGGACUUGGCAUUUCGCAGCAAUGGCGUUCAUUUUCAUAUCCUGGAUCGGAAUUAGCCUCUAAGGUUCUCAGUUGCUCACUCAAUUUCAGUCAGCUCACUGCAGUAUUGCACCUCAUACAGUCGCAGAUUCCGGGUUAAUUCAAAGGGCAACCUCUUAUAUAACUUCAUGAUGCAAGGUUAAUAUGUUUAUCCUGAAUUUCACUAUUGAUUACUCACAUUUCUAAAUUUCUUACUCUUUAUAUCCAAGGGAAAAAAGGGAAUAUUGGCAAUGUUGAAUUAAUGGCUUCCUUUCACUUUUCUUUUUC